UUUCCAUUUAGCUUCCGGUAAUGGUCGUUUUCAUGUCGAGACAAGAAUUUCAUUAAUUAUUUAAUGAAUUAAUGCAUAAUUAAGAAAAAGAUGCCGCCAUACUGAAGUGUCCAGUAUUUGCAAACCCUUCUGACAUUUUGUAUUAUUCUUUUUACCACAGAAACCUUAUAAACUAAAUAAAAAACUCGAGAAAUUUUGUUGACCCCAAAACAUGGCGGGUGUGUUAUUUGAGGACAUAUUUGAUGUGAAAGACAUCGAUCCUGAUGGGAAGAAAUUCGACAGAGUGUCAAGAUUGUUUUGCGAAAGCGAGUCAUUCAAAAUGGACCUCAUCCUUGAUGUUAACACACAGCUCUAUCCCAUGGACCUUGCGGACAAAUUCCGUAUGGUGAUCGCUACCACACUGAAUGAAGAUGGAACACCAGCCGAUAGUGAGUACAACCCGACUGACACGGGCCCAUCUCGUGCGGACAGCUUCGAGUAUGUGAUGUACGGUAAAGUGUACCGACUGGAAGGCGACGAAAUAUCCUCUGACUCUUCAAGAUUAGCAGCCUAUGUGUCAUACGGUGGUUUGUUGAUGAGAUUGCAAGGCGAUGCCAACAACUUGCACGGGUUUGAGGUCGACUCGCAUGUGUACCUGCUGAUGAAGAAAUUAGCGUUCUGAUUGGUUUUUAUGUACACAUGAAGAAUAACUGAAUGUUUAGUUCAUGAAGAAUGACUGGUUGUUUUGUACAUGAAGAAUAACUUGUCGUUUUGUACAUAAAGAAAGACUGAAUAUUGAAAUGAAUGUCUGAUUUAUGAUUAUAUCAUUUAUGAUUGGUCGUUGUAAGUUGUUAGGUGAAAGUGAAUGUUAGUAAAACUGAAUUGUAAGACUGAAAGUGUAAAUGCAAAGACUGAAUGAAGGAUGUUUAAAGCGAAUUCACUGCCAUUGUUAAUUCCUUUCUGUUGAAAAAAGGAGUAGCAUUUAGCUUUUUUUUUUCUCUAAACAAUUUUGUUUCAGGCCCUUAAUUUGUUAAAUAAAAACAAUUAUUAAAAAAAAAAUAAUUUAAAAUCUGGAAGAAAGGUUUGGGGUGAUAUGCCGGGAAAUAUAUAUGUAAGUUUUGCUUGUUUGCUUAAAUUGAGGUUUGUCUGUUUAUAAGUUUCUCUCAGGUAAUCUUUGAAACUUGUUUUGUUUUUUAAGUGUAAUAUUGCAAGAAUGUUUGAAAUAUGUCUCAGUGCUAUCCAGAGCAAGGUGACUUGCAGGUGACGUAUCGCGUACUUUGUAUUUUAUGUUUUAAGGUAGUUGAUCCGUAAUGACAUUUGGCAGUUAUACGUGUUUUCCGUAUACGAUUUCGACAUUCUCCAGUUUUUACAAAGAGUUUUAUGCCUAUGCAUUCAACUACAUGUACGUACAGAGGCUGCCGCAUUAUAUAACGGGAGUACGUAUUAAUCAAACAGAAAUUGCCGAGAGCGGUUAUGGGUCCACUACCUUAACGGAUAUGAAAUGGGAGAGCAUUUCCUACAGAAAAAAAAAUCAAAGCAUUUAAAUCCUACUUUUUUUUUAUUUGCUUUUGACUAUUAAUGAUAUUUGGUGCACUAAAUUUAAGAAAACAACAGUAACAUUUAGUUGAAACAAAAAACUUAUUUUACGGCUUUUUUUUGGUGAGAUUUCAAAAAUAAGAGAUUUUUUUAUGCAAGAAGUGCUACUAUUACUGCCAUAGCUUGAAAAUGUUUUGUUAUAUUGUUUAAUGAAGAAUGAAAGUAGAAAGCAUUUAUUUGUUAUGAAUGAGGAAAUCAUGUCGUACAACUUUGUGAGAUUGAAAUUUUUGAGACUGUAAAUUGAAAGUGGGGAAUAAUGCUACAUCACUGCCAAUGAUGUUUUGUUGUCUAUGGUAAUGGGAUGGGGUUAGAAGUCAGAAGAUUUUGAUAAGUUAUCUGCUUAUUUGUAUUCUUCUGUGCAGUCUGCCAUUUUAUGUCUCAAAGAAAACAUGAUAUGUUGAUUCUCAAAGAGGUAGUUUGUUUGAGAAAUUUUUUAUGGUCGACAUUGAUUGUGAUGAUAUUAGAAAAAGCAGAGAUUUCGACCUCAAUAUCAUCAUGUUUUCAUUGUGACAUUCAGGCUUGGCUGUUAAUUGAUGCGGACAUUUAAUUGCAUGACUAUAAAUGGACAUUGUACAUAUGUUUUUGCAUAAAAGUUAUUGUAUUGUUUUAUGAUGCAUAUUGAAAUUUGCUGUGCUACAGUUUGUUCAGGGAACUUUUUGAUUUGAUUGACUUUUUACCAUUUUUCUCCAUUUUUUUGUCAUCAUUCAUUUUUCUUUCUGAAAAUGUCAGAUAUUGGAUCUUCUGAACAAACUGUAGAUCCUGUUUUUAUGUUCUUUAGUGUUAAAAAUGGGAAUUAUUUCAUCAACAUUACUUGACAAGAUUCAAAAUCUUGAUUUUAUCAUUUCAAAAGUCAUCGUCAUUUACCGCAAAACCAAAGUCUCCUUGUACAAGGAGAUGUUUUCCUGUCAUAGAUUAUCUAUGAACGAGAGGAGGUUUUGGGCUUGUUUAAUCAUCAAAAGAUUGAUGGACAAGUACUGGUUAUUUCCAGUUGUUAUAUUUUGAAGAAAAAAAAUAGAAAAAAUAAAAAUAUGGAAGACAGA